AUGAUUUUUGUUUGUGCCGUCAUUUUCUUCGCGCUAAUUACAACAGCAACCGCUUCUGUAGUUCCCAAUAUUCCAGCCGAUGCCCGAUGGAAGCAGUAUGGAGUGACCGUUGCUGGAGGCCAUGGAGAAGGCAAUGCUACCAAUCAAGUCUGGCUCCCUAAUGGUCUCUUCGUUGAUGAUGAUCAAACGAUAGUCAUCGGUGAAUGGGAGAAUCAUCGUAUCAUCCAAUGGAAGAUGGGUGAUACGAAUGGAGAAGUGGUAGCUGGUGGUCAUGAUAAAGGAAAUCGAUCGGAUCAGUUGCAGUAUCCAACCGAUGUAUUGGACAACAAAGAGAGUGAUAGUCUCAUUAUUUGUGAUCUAGGGAAUCAACGCGUUGUACAAUGGUCUCGUCGUAGUGGCACAACUCAAGGAAAAAUCCUCAUCGACAACAUCGAUUGUUAUGGAUUGGCCAUGGAUGAUCAGAGAUAUCUCUACAUAUCUGACUACACGAAACAUGAAGUAAGACGAUAUCAAAUAGGAGACAAGAAUAGAACUCUCGUGGCCGGUGGCCAUGGCAAUGGUACUGAUCUCAAUCAACUCUACGCUCCGGGCUACAUCUUUGUCGAUCGACAACAGACUGUCUACGUGUCAGACUAUCGCAAUCAUCGUGUGAUGAAAUGGAAUAAAGGUGCAAAAAAAGGAAUUGUCGUUGCUGGAGGUCAAGGCGCAGGGAAUGCUACGACACAAUUGUCGCUUCCUCAAGGUCUGUUCGUCGAUACGUUGGGUACCAUCUAUGUGGCAGACAAGGCGAAUAAUCGAGUGAUGCGUUGGCCUAAAGGAGCGAAACAGGGCACUGUCAUUGCGGGUGGAAAUGGUCAAGGAGCAGGAGCAAAUCAGUUCAACAAUCUCGAAGGUUUGUCCUUCGAUCGACAUGGCAAUCUCUAUGUCGCCGAUGUGCGGAAUAAUCGUGUUCAACGUUUUUCAAUCGAAUAA